UGUAUGUUUGAGAAAUACUGGGCAGAGCAUGCAGAGGGGGAAGGGGCAGUAGGGGGAGUCCCGGUUGUUUGGAGACCAAUUUGACAUGCCAGGAAGACGCCAUUGGUUGCCUGGCAGAAGCUUGAAAAAAGAGAAAGAGAAGGAGAGAGACAGGAAGGGAGACCAAGGGAGGGAGUUGUACUGAAGACGGGGUGGAUAGAGAGAGAGAGAGAAAGAGAGAAAGGAAGAGGAAAAGGGCUGAGUAAGAGAGCACGGCUAUCAUAGCGUGACUGAAGUCGAGUGAAGUGGCGUGGUCGCUGGCUGCCGUUUCUGGAUUAUGAAAGAGAGGGAUACAGCACUUCUGUUCUAAGCCCUGUAAUGGUAUUGUGUAUUUUGAAUAACUUUAUUAUUGUAGAAUAAAAUAUGAAAUACUUGCUUUCCUAGUCUUGAAGCAUUUUUCUAGCUUUCACUUUUCUUAUUUGUUUAUGGCGUAGGGAUGGUAACCUUGGGUCCGCAGUCAGAAUCCUAACGCUGUAUCUGUAAACUUAAAAAAUGUCUCCUCUCCUCUUUCAAAAUGCGGUUUUGGGAGAAGACCUCCAAAGAGUUUUAAACAAGUCUGACACAUGCCUUCAUUGAAACUGAGGCUUCUCACGGCUGUGUUCCCCUUUGACCAAAUACACGCCCACUUACAGAUUUGACGUCUAUUAGUGUGCACUAUUUUCCCAAUCUUAGUCUUGUACUAGUUUUGUUAACCUGUAUUUUUACAGUAUUCUUACUGUCAGUUCUGAAGUUUCGCACGGAAGUCUGUACCUAACAGCAGACAGGGAGGAUGCAGGCACCUGAAUUCUUGUUUGUUUAAUGAUUUGUGAAGAGUGCUUUCUUGGGUGUGUUGGUCUUACUGCGAGUGGGAGUGAGGAUGCAGUCUUGUUCCAUGUCGUGUGUGUGUGUGUGUCUGGUUGUGUGUGUGUGAAGUGUGUGUGUGUGUGUGUGUAGAAGGGGGUAUAUAAUUGUGUUUAUGUGUGGGAGUAUGUAUGGUUGGUGGAUUUAUGACGUUUAUCUCUUUGUGAGCCACACUUGCCUCUCCUGAAACGACGUCAUGCCUAAACACGAGUGUGGACAUGUCCAGACCCUACCCAGGUAUGGGUAUGUGUCAACCUCUUUUAAGGCUUCGUAGCUUAGUAUCACAGCCUGGCUACUGUGGGAUAUUAUUUUGUUCUCUAAGCUAAUUCAUACAUGCUCAUUACACGGCACACACACAUCCACGGACAUUUGAACACACUGUGAUUUGAAGCCCACAUACAUACCCCCAUACAUACUGAACUGAUUUGCAUCAUAUGAAUGUCUUGGCAGUAUACACAAACAGAUAUGUUUGAACCAAGAAGCCAUAUUGUUUUCACCUGCGCUAUAGGAGAGCUUCAGGUUGCACACUUUGCCUCAGCUUGUUUUGAUUAAAGGUGUGUUUUAGUUGAAUAUGUCCACAGUAUAUAGACUAUGCUUUCUGUAGAAAUAGGUCUGGUCGAACUCCCAAACCAAAACACGUCUUAAUACAGUUGUGUUACAGGAAGAUGAUGCCAUAAAGGGGAUGACUCGGCAACCACCUUCAAAUCAAGUGCUCUUUAAUCAUCAGUGAGCAGCAUCAUGAGUUUAAAUAUGAGGCUUAACUAAUGCAGGUGGAUAUUCCAAGGAUGUGGUUUAGUGACUAACCCAGAUCCAAACCUCCUCCCCAUGACUUUUUCCCCCUCGCUAAACAAAGCCAUAGGGCUCUUCUUUUUAGGAGGUGUAUGACUUACUUGGAGUUAACUUAUCUGGGUUAGUCACUAAACCACGUACUUGGAAUAACCCCCGGGUGUGUGCAGGCUGAAACUCUCUGAGUACAGGAUCUCUGGCACUCUCCAGCCUUCUCUCCAGGACGGACAGCAGGAACUGUCAGAACUUGCCCCAGUUAUGAAACAUGGCUCUACAUUGACAUCAGUUGGCCCCAAUACAGCUGUUUCAUUACAAUAGUUACCACUUUACAUAUUGGAGAAGCAUGUCUCAUUUUGUAUGUUCUCAUUAGUUUGCUGUUUUAUCUGGGCACAGACUGAGACAGCCAAGUUAGAACUGCUGAUAUUACAGUGAGAACCAUACGACCAGCGCUGUGCUUGGACGGGGACACUGGUUCGUCAGCGGGGUGGUGUGUUUCAUUGCUUUCUCACUGUGGUCGUUCGGGAAUAUGAGUCAAUAAGAUAACCGCCACUACCUGCACGGCGUUACACAUGCACAAAUACUGGUCGAGCUGGUUUAUUUCUGGCAAGCCAAACAAAGGGGCCUGAAAAUAACCUUGGCUAUAUAUAGGAGCAGAGGCUGUUGUCACCAGCUGGUGCCGCCGUGAAUCCCCUGUGAGAGAACAAGGGUGCUCAGCUGGCGGGCAGGUUCAUUGCGUUCUCAGACACACCUUCAGGUUAUAGUCCAAGUGCCUUACUGUUCAUUGUGGUUCAUAUUUACAUGGAUUUAUCGAUGAGAGGCUUUCCCCCUUAAGUACAGACAGUUCCUGUGAAACUGUCUCUGGAUGCUCUGCUGCAGAUGUCUACCUGUCAGGUGCAGGACACAAUGAAGAGACUGGGCUCCAGCUCCGAGGAGUGCUCACACAUCACUGCUGCCCUCUCCUGUCUGAAACGCACUACUGAACGAGGAGAAGAGUUGAGAGAGGACGGAAUUCCAUGGAUCUCAGAACCUACACGACAGGACGGCGGCUUCCCGUCUCCCACAGACCAGUGCUCGUGCCCCAGCGCGGGGCAGAAUGUAGCCCACAGCCCGCACACCAUGAGCCCAGGCACACCCACCCUCAUCAUGACCCCCUGCAACCCGCCCACGGGACAUGGCCGCUCUGUAUCGGUGUCGACCGUGCCCACCUUCGACGUCCACGACAGUCAGGGUGACCUUUUCCCCUUUUCACGAAAGGGUCGUAUCCACAGCAACGCUGCUACCCCACCAGGCACGCCCACCUCUAAGAGGAAGGGCCAGCUGAAGCCCCAUCGGACGCCCCCGCCCUCCUCCCGGAAGCUGCUGGCUCAGCUCCUGCCGAACAUCACCCUGACCCGCUGCAAGAGCCAGGAGUCUCAACUAGCCAAUCGAAUUGAGGAGCCCACCAGCAAGAAGAAGAACAAGCUGCCCCUGAAUGUGCAGAUCAAUGGCAGCGGUGGCGGGGCCGAUGACUCCUCCUCUCGCUCCCCACUCCUCCCCAUCCACAGCCCCUACAUCCUCCCAGGCCACUUGGAGGAUGCAGUUCUCAAAAAUAAUUUGGCAAUACACCGGAGCUCCCCGCAGACUAUGAGGAGGGAUUUCGGUCUUCCAGUCACACACAGGUUCUCUACCAAGUCGUGGCUGUCACAGGUGUGUAAGGUGUGUCAGAAGAACAUGAUGUUUGGCGUAAAGUGUAAACACUGCAAGUUAAAGUGCCACAACAAAUGCACGAAGGAGGCCCCACCAUGUCACCUACCUUUCCUUCCAUUUUCAAAGAUCAGAAGAGCCGAGUCGGUCCCAUCAGACAUCAACAACCAGAUUGAUCGGACGGCUGAGAUCCCUCUGUUUGGCACUUUACCAAAGGCAAUAACAAAAAAGGACCAUCCUCCUGUUCUAAACCAGCAGCUGGACUCCAGCAGCAACCCCUCCUCCACCACCUCCUCCACCCCCUCCUCUCCGGCAGCCUUCUCCCAGGGAAACCUCCAUAACGCCACGCCCCCACCCAACCCCUCUCCCAAAGGCCGAGAUGUAAGGUUCAACUUCCCAGCUGUCUGCUACUUUCAGCAUAGACAACAGUUUAUCUUCCCUGAUGUGCCCAAUGCGUCCGGCUCUGAGAGCUACCACAACACUGGUGAGUCGGAGCUGAGUGAAGUGGGCCAUGACCAGCAGCAGCAGCAUCAGCACCAGCAGCAGGGAGAGCACGACAGGGUAGGCGAUUAUUACGAACAGGAGGAGGAAGAGGAGAAUGGGAACUCAGAGAGGAAGGCCGGGAAGUUUGGUAGUGGCUCAGACGGGGAGCCAGACGGUGAGCCAGACGGCGACGAGCUGGACGACCUGCCCAGCUCUCGAGGAGGGAGCUACUGGCGAGGGCCAAUUUCACGGAAGGCCAGCCAGACGAGCGUGUACCUGCAGGAGUGGGACAUCCCCUUCGAGCAGCUGGAGCUCGGGGAGCUGAUAGGAAAGGGCCGCUGGGGGAAGGUGCACCGUGGCCGCUGGCAUGGAGAGGUGGCGGUCCGGCUGCUGGAGAUCGAUGGCAAUAACCAGGAUCACUUGAAGCUGUUCAAGAACGAGGUGAUGAACUACCGCCAGACCCGGCAUGAGAACGUGGUCCUGUUCAUGGGAGCCUGCAUGAACCCACCUCAGCUUGCCAUCAUCACCAGUUUCUGUACGGGGCGGACACUCUACUCUGUUGUCAGAGAUUCCAAAAGUACGCUUGACAUCAACAAGACCAGGCAAAUAGCACAAGAGAUUGUAAAGGGGAUGGGCUAUCUUCAUGCCAAAGGAAUUGUGCACAAAGAUCUGAAAUCCAAGAACGUUUUUUAUGACACAAACAAAGUGGUCAUCACAGACUUUGGCUUGUUUGGGAUGUCUGGAGUUGUGCAGGAAGGACGGCGUGAGGAUCAGCUGAAGUUGCCUCAUGGUUGGAUCUGUUACCUGGCUCCAGAAAUUGUACGCAGGAUGGGCGCAGGUGUCAAUGAGGACCGGCUUCCCUUUUCCAAUGCUGCUGACGUUUACGCUUUUGGCACUAUCUGGUAUGAGCUGCAGGCCCGAGACUGGCCCAUCACGAUGCAGCCCGCGGAGGCCACCAUCUGGCAGGUGGGCAGUGGAGAGGCCAUCAAGAAGGUCCUGACAGAGAUCAGUCUGGGGAAGGAGGUCACAGAAAUCCUUUCGGCAUGUUGGUCAUACUGUUUGGAGGUGAGGCCAACGUUCUCCCAGAUCACCGACAUGCUUGAGAAACUUCCCAAGCUCAACCGCAGGCUUUCCCACCCCGGACACUGGAAGUCUGCUGAGUCAUGGCAUCACCAUUGUCUGCGUGAGCAUUGUAGUGAAGGUCUCCGGUCUCGAUGCCCCUACAAUUGACAGCCUUCUCGCUUGAGCACACAAUUUAUUUUGUCAGAGAAAAAACUAUUUUUGUAGCACCAGUCCUGAUGUACUUAGGCCUUAUUACAUUUACAAACCAAGAACUUGACCUGAUAUUUGCCUUCAGAAUGUUUCGGACCUCUUGCAAACAAGAGUGUGAGAGCUUUUAUAAGUCAGGGUCUUUAUACGAACUGUGACAUGGGAGUAUGCCAUAGAAUUCUUUCCUUCAUGUGCCUUUGUGAUGGGAAAGUUGUAGAAUAACCCAGAUUAUUUUUGGUCACAUUCUUUGUCAUGAACUUCCUGCUGCUUGUAGCUGCUAACAUUUUCUAGCCACUAGCUUCUUUCUCUUCCCCAUUUCCUUGUUUAGGGUGUAGAAAUGCAUGAAGUAGAAGCUGAGCAAACCAAAGCCUGUGAUUCUGGAUCUGCUUUGCCUGCCUCUGAAACACUUUAAGUCCAUUAAGAUGCUUAGGGAGACUACUUCCCAUGAUCAGUGGUGUGAUAUUUCAUUUCAUAACAAUAACACAAAGAGAAACGUAUAAAAUGAACGAAUGAAAUAAGUUGUCAUGUAGCAAAUUUUGAAGAGAUUAAAAACAAAGUAAUGGAGUGUCUUCAUAUAUAGGCACCCUUCUCUGUCACUGUGCCUUUGUUUUACCUUUUACCUGGUUACUGUUUCGGAUGUGGUUCAUCUGAUUCUCUGCUGAAUUUUUGCAAUGCUUGUGGUUUCCUGUUUUCUAUUGGAGGGUGUGUAUGUAUGCAGCUCACACAGCUCUUGUAAAAUUCCAAACCUCAAAUGAAUCCUGUUCACUGCUAUUUUGCCUUCACCUGACCAGAAUAACUCUCAUCUGAUCACAACACUUAGCUCUGCACAGGCAAAAUUACUCUUUUUGAAAUUGUAAGUACCUGCUCACUGUAGUACCUACAUACUAUAAUGGUGAGAAAACAGGUUCAUGAAAGUUCUGCUGUACAAACUAAUAUGUUCCAAAUCAAUUAAGAGGUUUCCAGCUUCAAUAAUCAACACAGAUCUGUCUAUGAGGGUCAGUUACAUUUACUGCAUAGCCCAAAGUUUGAUGAUCAUAAUAUGAAAAAUGUACGAGGGUAACUAAACCACAUCUCACUAUCCGAAAAUAUUUGAGUUCUUCUCUUUAAAGCUGGGAACCUGCUUUGGUUUGGAUAUAAAAAUAUAUAUAUAUAUAUAAAUGUAUUAAGCAUGUGAAGUCUGGUUCAAGGGGGUGAUUUGCAGUUCUUUGAUCAAACAGGACAAAUCUUCAGUACCCUUUGAAACAAACCUCUCCUGUGCAAUCUUAAGUGUGUCUAUGCACUUUUUACGAUCUAGUAUGCAAAAAGAAAAAUGUGAGUGCAUGUGUGCAUGUUUGUGUUUCACUGAAUGUAUUGCACUGGGCUACGAGUGUCUAUCACUAGAGAAACCUAGUGAAAGACUGCUCUGAUUGAGUAUUCACAUAACUAUGGAAAGCCUUUAGGGGAUUUUAAAAUACAUGGAUAAUUUUUUGUUCAAUGUAUGGCUUAAAAACUGCUCUCAGUAUUUGUACAAAUAUUUUUUAUCAGCUUUUGACAGAAAUGAGUAGGUACUAUGCUUCUGUUGAUGUACAGGGUUUAUACAGAUGUUUUUUUUUUUUCAUGUACAAAUUGUUGUUAAACAGUAAUUGUAAAAAAAAAUUAAAGGGUAGAAAUAUUUUGUAAGGAUUUUUUUUUUUUUGUAAGAAAUAUGUCCUGUAAGAAUUCAUAUUUUUGUACAGCCUGUUGCCUUCCAUCUGUAAACAAGUGUUCCUCAUUGAAAGACAAUAAAUCUAGCUCCAGUCA